AGAUCCGCGCAGAGGGCAACCCUGUGGAUGGCCCCGGAGCAAGCCAGAUGGAACAGGAUAGACCCAACCAUGUUGAGGGCAGCAGACUAAGUCCAUUCCUGAUCUCGGCGUCUCCUCACGUGUGCCAGACGGAGCCCUUGGCGGUGAAGCUGCAGAACGGAAACCCGCUGCCGGAGAAGGUCCAUCACGAAGUGAACGGGGACAGCAAUAAGUGGCUGCCCCACAAGAGUAAUUAUGGAGUCUCUCACAUGAAGGGAAGUCAGUAUAACCGCACUAGCCCUGACUUCACCCAAGAAAACAGAGAGCUUUCCAAGUGUGUGCAAAACGGAGGCAUAAAACGCACGUUUAGUGAACCCUCUCUCGUUGCGCUUCAUCAGAACAAGAAAGUGAAACCAGACCAAGAGGCUAAUGGCGAGAGAGGUGUUCCCGUGGGCAGCCAGGAAGAAAGCCAAGGGCCAGGUAUCAGCCAACCGAGGGUCUCUGAUUCGUGCAGGGAGGAGGAGGAGCCCGGGAACCUCCCAGAGCGGGCCGAUGCAGUUUCGGCUUUCACCGACCCUUCGAGGUGGAACCGCAGUGGGUCCGAAAAUCCCGAUCUCCUGAUUCUGAAUGAGCAAGAGGGAGAAAAUGCUACUUAUCACAAGAACCUUGUGUUAUUUCUCAAGAACAAGGCCGUGCCAAUGCCUAAUGGUGCUACAGUUUCUGCCUCUUCCAUGGAAAACACGCAUGGCGAACUCCUGGAAAAAACACUGUCUCAGUACUAUCCCGAUCGUGUUUCCAUUGCGAUGCAGAAAACCACAUCUCAUGCGAAUGCCAUUAACAGUCAGGCUACUAACGAGUUGCUCUACGAGGCCACUCACUCAUCCCAUACCUCAGGGCAGACGGACUCUCCACAGACCUCAAUCUCGGAGCUACCCCAAGUGCCCGCUGCAGGGGGGCCCGAGGCUCGCCGGGCUGAGGACGCGGGUGACCCAGCGCCCCUGCCCGGUAGCUGCCCUCUCCAGAAACCAGAGGAGCAGCUCCAGGCCUCUGACCCGGUCUUUGAGCUGGACCCUUCCCCCACAGAGAACGAUUCUCUCCAAGGAGCCCCGGGACCGGUACCCAGUGAAGGUUUCCGCUCGGCUCCCCGGAGCAACUCCCAAGCUCCUGGGGGCGGCCCGGAGGCGUAUUUUGAACCAGAAGAAUCGAAUGGUGCUUACUACCAGCGGAGCUCGGUGUUCCCUAAGGAUUCCUCUUUCGUCGCCCUUACUCCGUCCUCAUCGCCCCCUCCCGCCCCGCCACCUCCAAUCCCUCAACUCCCCUCAGAGGUGCUUCACGCUGGGCUGGUCCCCGAGGGACCCCGCCCCUACCUCAGCCGGGCUGAGGAAACUCUUCCGAGGGAAAUGAAGGCCGAGGGGCCACCGGAGGGGUCGGGAGCCCAGAGCCCCGGUCCCGCCCUUGGGCUUCCCGAGGAGCCCCAGAAGAGCUGCAUUGGCGAGACCCGUGUGCCCACCCCAGGGGCGAGUGGGCCCCCCUUGGGCCCCGAGGAAAUGAGAUCCACCCCGGAGCCCUUCAGACAUCCACCCGUGGGUGGGAGCGGUGUCAAGCUGCAGCCCCCCUACCGGCAGCUAGCAGAAGAGAACGAGCCAGGGGCAGCCGCGGAGGGAGAGAAGGCGGUGGCGUCCGGGGUUCCCGCCCCGCAGGCCCAGCCGUACCUGAAGCCAGGCUGGAUAGAGCUGACCUCUCCGCACUAUCACCACCAGGCAGAAUCCUGCCCCAAAUCCAGCGAGGCCCUGCUGCGGUCUAUCCUUCAGUACCCAUCCAGUCUGCACGAUCAGCCGCGCUUCAGACAGUACUCCGGGAGCCCCGGCCCCGUCCAGGGACUCCCCGGCCAGGCCUACGGCCAGAAGACAACGCAGCGGGAACAGCUGCCUCGGUCGUACCAAAUGGAGGCGCCCCAAGGGCAGCCUCAGGCCCCCGGGGACCCGCCGCCCCCCUUUCCCCAGCCCCACCUUCCCCAGCCGGACUCCCAGCUGCAGCCCCUCGCACGGCUGCACGGGACACAGAAGUUCCACUUUCAACCGAGGAUGGUGAGGCCUCCCGAGAAGGCCUCGGGGCCGGUGCUCAAACAGCAGCCCCUGAAUCCGCAGGCCUCGGAGACUGAGCCCUUCUUACGUACACACCCGGUGCUACACGAACAGGCGGCCCAGGGACAAGUAGGCCAGAGCCCUCAUCUUGCUGCCAACCAGCAGCAGCCGCCGCAAAUGUUCCAAAUGAAGAGUACGGAACAGAUGGCCCAGGCCUUCCCUCAUUCCCAAGGCGGUGCCGAACAGCAGAGGGAAGGACCCCCCUUCCCGCAGAUGAAGAUGGAGGAAUAUUUUCACGUGGAACAAUGCUACGUCAAGUCCAGUGAGUUCCAGGCCCGUAACACCCAAACGGGCUUGGAGCCGGCCCAGGGCGUGAAUAGUAGAGAUUCCCCUUACAGCCAGAUCCUGAAGUCCAGCGCGAGCAGCCUCCAGCUGCCCUGCCCAGGCGCCGCGCGUCCGGUCUCCGAGAGGAAGGACUCCACCGUCGGCCCGGACCCCUUUGCAGGAGCCAAACACCGGGACCCGCAGCCCCCGCAGUAUUAUCCAAAUAGCGGGACCCCGAAGCAAGAUGGCCACCCCGGGGGCGUCCGGACUCCGGAGCCGAAGCCCCAGCAGGCUCUAGGCCUACAGCCGCCUCUGCCUCAAAGCCAGGGCUUUAACCUCAGACCCCCCGCCCUCACCGGCCAGCAGGCCACACAGUUGAUGCAGCAGCGUUACCUCCUGCAGUACCCGCCCUCGGCUCCCCUCGCCCCGGGCCAGAGAGGAAGCCCCCUCCAGCCUGUGCCCCAGAAGGACUUACAGAAGCACGCAGCCCUCAGGUGGCACCUCUUGCAGAAGCAGGAGCAGCAAGCCCAGCCCCCGAAGAACGAGCUGGGUGGCCUGGGGCGCAGGCCCAUUAAGGUGGAGACUGGGGCCAGGCCCCCCACCUGCAUGCGCCCCGGGGGAGGAGGGCAGGCAGAAGGCAAAACAUGGAAAAAGAGCAUUAAGCAGGAGGUUCAGCAUUUCGGCUGUGAGAGCCUGCAACAGAAAAGCAUCAUCGAGACCAUGGAACAGCAGCUGAAACAGAUUCAGGUCAAGUCACUGUUUGAUCACAAGGCCCUGACCAUCAAGUCGCCGAAACACGUGAAAGUGGAAACGGCCGGGCCGAUCACCAUUUUAACCCGACAUACCGGUGCUACGGAACUUGAUGGCCACACCCCCGCCUCAGAGCCACAAGCAAUUGCGUCGGAAAAGACGCCGACCAAGAGAACAGCUGGUUCUGUUCUCAAUCAUUUUUUAGAGUCACCUUCCAAGUUACUAGAUACGCCUAUAAAAAAUUUAAUGGAUACGCCCGUCAAAACUCAGUAUGAUUUCCCGUCAUGCAGUUGUGUUGAGCAUAUUAUUGAAAAAGAUGAAGGUCCUUUUUAUACCCAUCUAGGAGCAGGUCCUAAUGUGGCAGCUAUUAGAGAAAUCAUGGAAGAAAGGUUCGGACAGAAGGGUAAAGCUAUCCGGAUCGAAAGAGUUAUCUAUACUGGUAAAGAAGGCAAAAGCUCUCAGGGAUGCCCUAUCGCUAAGUGGGUGGUUCGUAGAAGCAGCGACGAAGAAAAACUGCUGUGUUUGGUGCGGGAACGAGCAGGCCAUACUUGUGAAACUGCAGUGGUCGUGAUCCUCAUCCUAGUGUGGGAAGGAAUUCCACUGUCCCUCGCAGACAGACUCUACUCGGAACUCACUGAAACCUUAAGGAAGUAUGGCACUCUCACCAAUCGACGCUGUGCACUGAACGAAGAACGAACCUGUGCGUGUCAGGGGCUGGAUCCAGACACGUGUGGGGCUUCCUUUUCGUUCGGAUGCUCUUGGAGCAUGUACUACAAUGGAUGCAAGUUUGCCAGAAGCAAAAUCCCAAGGAAAUUUAAGCUGCUCGGGGAUGACCCGAAAGAGGAAGAGAAGCUGGAGUCCCAUUUACAAAACCUGUCCACUUUGAUGGCACCCAUAUACAAGAAGCUCGCCCCUGAUGCGUAUAAUAACCAGAUUGAAUACGAACACAGAGCGCCGGAGUGUCGUCUGGGUUUGAAGGAAGGUCGCCCAUUCUCAGGAGUCACUGCUUGCCUGGAUUUUUGUGCUCAUGCUCAUCGAGACUUGCACAACAUGCAGAAUGGCAGUACAUUGGUUUGCACCCUCACCAGGGAAGAAAAUCGCCAAGUGGGCGGGUCACCUGAGGACGAACAGCUCCACGUGCUGCCGUUGUACAAAGUGUCUAGCGUGGAUGAGUUCGGAAGCGCAGAGGCUCAGGAGGAGAAGAAGAGGAACGGGGCCAUCCAGGUACUCAGCUCCUUCCGGCGGAAGGUGCGCAUGCUGGCAGAGCCGGUCAAGACGUGCCGUCAGAGGAAACUGGAAGCCAAGAAAGCAGCGGCCGAGAAGCUCUCCUCCCUGGAGAACAGCGCGAAUAAGAACGAAAAGGAGAAGUCGGCCGCGGCUCGCCACAAGCAGGCCAGUUCGGAGGCCGCAAACCACGCUAAGCAGUUGGCAGACCUCUUGCGAUUGUCAGGACCACCAACGCAACAACAACCACAACAGCAGCAGCCGCGUCCUCUGACUACCAACCCUCAGUCCAAUCCUAUCAACUCGUUCCCGGGCCCGGUCCCGAAUAAUCUGUACAUGAGACUGCCUAAUCCAGUUAGCCCGUACUCCAGCUCUCCGCACCCUUCAGAUCCUUACAGAGGGUCAAGCCCCAUGAACCUCUACCCACCUUCAUCCCAGCCCACGGCAUCUUAUUUGAAUUCUUCCAACCCCAUGAAUCCAUAUCCUGGGCCUCUGAAUCAGAGUAACCAAUAUCCCUCCUACCAAUGCAACGGAAACGUGCCAGUGGAGACUUGCCCCCCAUACUUGGGAUCCUUCCCUUCGCAGCCUCAGCCCAUGGAUUUAUACAGGUAUCAGAGCCAAGAUCCUCUGUCUAAGCUCAGUCUCCCCCCCAUCCACACACUAUACCAGCAGAGGUUUGGGAAUAGCCAGAGCUUUGGCCCCAAGUACUUGAAUUAUGGAAACCCAAAUAUGCAGGUCGAUGCUUUCAGCAGCUGUACCAUUAGACCAAAUGUUCAUCACAUCGGGUCGUUUCCCCCCUACCCCGCCCACGAGGCUGACGGCCACUUCGUGGAAGCCGCCUCUAGGCUCCCGUCAUCCAACCCGAGCAACCCAAGCUUAGAGUACCCCUCCAUCCACAAGAAUGGCGACCACCUCCCGUCAUCCCAUCUCACUCACGACUACCCCCAGGUCCCCGGCACGUUCAGUACCCUCCCUCACCCCCUACACCUCCAGAACAAAGGGAACGAGAUGAUGGCGCACGCAGCCAACGGCUUGUCUAAGGUGCUUCCGGGUCGUCCCCAUGAGGGGCUUCCUGCUCAAGCCCAGGGGGGCUUGCCCAAGCCGAGCGACAUUCCCCACCAGGAUAGGCCGCUCCUGGCCCCGGUCCCAGAGGACAACGACGACAUCUGGUCAGACAGCGAGCACAGCUUUCUCGAUCCCGAUAUCGGCGGGGUGGCUGUGGCCCCAACCCACGGGUCCAUUCUCAUCGAGUGUGCCAAGCGCGAGCUCCACGCCACCACCCCCUUGAAGAACCCCAACCGCAACCACCCCACCAGGAUCUCGCUCGUCUUCUACCAGCACAAGAGCAUGAACGAGCCAAAGCAUGGCCUGGCUCUGUGGGAGGCCAAGAUGGCGGAGAAGGCCCGCGAGAAAGAGGAGGAAUGUGAGAAGUACGGUCCGGACUACGUGCCUCAGAAAACCCAUGGCAAAAAAGCCAAGCGGGAACCCGUGGAGCCCCACGAACCUUCGGAGCCCACUUACCUGAGGUUCAUCAAGGCUCUCGCGCAAAGGACGAUGUCCGUCACCACCACCUCCACAGUAACCACAUCUCCGUAUGCCUUUACGCGGGUCACGGGGCCUUACAACAGAUACAUAUAGCAUCACGCACCGCUUGUUGGUUACCUCAUUUUAGACCACCACAACCAACUCGUUCACGGGGGAGUCCUUGUUCAGGUGUAAGGCGAGGGGCGGGGGUGGGGGUGGGACGUGCCG